AUGAUUACCGGUAAAUUCUUUUGUUUGGAUUCUGCAUGCGUGCGCUACUGAGUCAUUUGAACUUAUAGACCAGAAAUUGGGUUAGGCAACCCCAUCUCCGCGGUCUUCUAUAGCUCAAUUGGUAGAGCAUGGCGCUUCUAACGCCAGGGUAGUGGGUUCGAUCCCCGGGACCACCCAUACGUAAAAAUGUAUGUACACAUGACUGUAAGUCGCUUUGGAUAAAAGCCUCUGCUAAAUGGCAUAUUAUAUUAUUAUUAUCUCUCUCUCUCCUGUGUGUUUUACGAUACGGGGCGGUAUCGACAUUGGGGUGUAGGACAUGUGCGGCCCCUCCUCUAGCUGGUGACGGAUAAUAGUAGUGGGUGUGAGGUGGAUUUGAACUUGCAGCCGGGGCAGAGUGGAGGAGACUCCUAGCUAAUGUCCGAGCAGACUGCGCUGCUGGAAUUAAACUAGAUCGAAAACUUACUUGGUGGAUAUCUGGACCCAAGGUAGGAUAUUAUCGUUGCUUUACUCCGUCGCUUACGAGUCGAUUUGCAGUGGACUUUUUGUAACAGAUCCUCAGUUAGAUGAUGGUUCACAUCGAUGUCUGCUCAUUGACAUUUUUCACGCUUUGCUUGCUGUGAUGUAUCACCGUCUAUACUGUAUAUCCACGGGCAUUCAAAGAGAGAGAAAGAUGUCAGUCAGAGUAUGGGUGGUCAGGUUGAGGAAUGUUCUCACAAUGAUCGAGGAUCUUUAGCCUAUAAGAGCUCCAUUAACAGACCUCACACCAGGGGUUAGAGCUUUUUAUGGCCAGGCCAUUUGCAGUGAUUGACAACUGAUCAAAUAUAACCUUAUCGCUGCUGCUGUGGUUGAGCGCGAGGCGAGCGAGUUUAUCAUUUCAAUUUCAGGGACGGCUCCGGCGCGCGUCACAGCUGUCCAAUUGCGCGCAGGGACAUCUGUAGUGAAGUUGUCCCCAUUGUCCUCAGCUUCAGCCAGGUGUGUGUGUGUUUAGCCAGUUUCCACGGAGCUGCUGGAGAGAUGGCCCUGCUUGUCAAAGCUGUCUUCACAGUGUGUUAUUUCAUUGAUUGUUCCAAUAUGACUCAAAGCAGUGUCCCAACAAAGUUUUUAUUACUUCCAUUAUCUUACUUAGUGGCUGUAGCUUUUAUAGGCAUUAGUCUCUUGUCCAUUAGUUUCCCUGUUCCAGAACAGCACCACUCUCUAUUGUCAGACAAUAGGGCUCCCUAGCUCUGUGUUUGUAUGUUUUACCUUUCAACACCAUAGUGAAGUGAAAUUUAGCAUGUAGGUAGUUCAACACAAAGGCUAAACAAAAUAAUAAUGUUAAGUACAUAGUCUACAUACGUCGGCCGACAGUAUGUCACUUGCUCAGACUUGGCCAAUACUUGUAGUAAAAACUGACUGCAUAGUUGUUCCAAUAGGGCCAUGCAAGGUGAGGCCCCUGGAGUGUGUGUGCAUGCGUGCACAGGUAGAAUCACUAGUUUAAGUCUCACUCUGGAUUUCGCCCCUUAAUCGCUACAGUUUAUGUUAAAGUAAUAUAUACAGUAUACUGUAUGUCAUUCAUGAUCAUUUUGAUGUGAUGAACUCAGUGUGUGUGUUUGUUCCACAGGUUCUGUAGAGAUGUUACAUCUCAGGCACCUGCUCUGGCUGAUGUUUCUUUGUCCUGUUUUUGCUGAAAAAGGUGAAUCUUGCUGUGUAUGUUUUUGUGUGUGUGUGUGAGAGAGAGAGAGAGAGAGAGAGAGAGAGAGAGAGAGAGAGAGAGAGAGAGAGAUAGAGAGAGACACGCAAAUGUGACACAGACACGCACAAUUUUCCACUGACAAACUGGAAACAAAAAACUGAAAGAGACAUUCACGCAGCUCCAUUCAUCUUUCUCAAUCCUGUAGACACGCACACACACAGGGUUGGGUAAGUAACUUUCUAAAUGUAAUCCAUUAGUUACUAGUUAACUGUCCAAAAUUGUAAUCAGUAAUGUAACUUUUGCAUUACCCAAACUCAGUAACGUAAUCUGAUUACUUUCUGAUUACUUUCUGAUUACUAUCCCCUUAAGAGGCAUUAGAAGAAGACAAAAAGGAUCCAUCAAAUGCAUUUGGUGUGUCAUAGUGAUCUCUGACUUGUGGUGAGACUUGCUCAGGUGGAACAAACUUAAACUUGUGCCUUUAUUCAUUGUCAUUGAGAAAAGUAAUCCAAGAAGUAAUCAUCUAGUUUUUCAAAAGUAUCUGUAAUCUAGUGCAGGGAGAUUAACCGAAAUGUAAGUUUUUUGGGGGGUUAUUAAACAACUAAUUGACUGACGGUUCAAUUACUUGAAUUCCAUUCAGUUCAAGAGAGAUCAAGUCAAGAACUAUGUGGGACGCUGGGCUGAAGGGAGUUGUAGUUUUCAUUAAGAAAAUAUUCAUCCUAGUUCAGCGCAGAAAAGUGGUAAUUAGACUGCAUGAGAGAGGAAUGUACACAACCCCACAACGAGAGAGACAGAGACAGUUCGUGAAAUUAUGCCUUAUCUACUUUGAAGAACUAGUAAAAUGAUUUUGUCAGACAGCUCUGCAGCAUGCUUAGGCAGGUUAGCUAAACAGUAUGACUAAAGACAGUACAGUAUGGGUAGCACAGAGAUAACGUUAUCUGACUAGCUGGCUGCUACUGCCUGAGCAGAGAUGAGAUGAUGACUUUAAGGAAUGAAAAAUUAUAAAGUCAUGAAAUAAAAACUAAGUAAUAUACACAACUGAAAUAUUGUAUUAUUUCAUCAUAUUUGUUUUAUUGAUGUCAAUCCAAUGUGGACCUGACAGAGACAAUGGAAUAUUUUUUAUAUGUUGGCAAUUGAAUGUUCACUAUUUUUGGCUUUGGAAUUUCCAUUAAAAGCUCUAAAAUCAUUUUAAGGUAACUAUUUCAGAAUAUUUUUAAUGUUGGAAAAAAACAUGACUAUUUUUAAAUAAUCAAACCGAAACUCAACCGACCUCAAAAAGCACUAAUCGCUCAGCACUACUGUAAUCUGACAGCAAUAUUUUUUCUGGUAACGUAACUGAUGUCAGUUAGUUUUUUGUAAUUUACAUAUAAUCAAUUACUCUCCAACCCUGCACACACACACACACACAUGCUUCCAGUUACUGUACCUACAUCUGGGGUUGGAUUAAUCACACUGUAAGCCAUCCGCACCACAUACAGCCCUCCACUAAACCCAUUCACAAACUAAACCCAUGCUCUGUGUAUCUGUUUGUUCUGUGUCAUUUAGUGACUUGCAGGCGAUCUGUCCUGAAUUAAACCCAUCCACCCUGUGUGCUAUCUGCCCUGAGUUAACUUUACAUGCUUAUUCUGUAGUCAUUUGAACUAUUAACCCCUGACCUUGACCCUCACUCUAUGACCUUUAACCCUGACCCCUAGCCAUGACCCCAAAUCUCAUAUACUUGCUCAUCAGUUUUGAUAAUAUAGCCAUUUUUGUCCUUACUAACAUGGCUAGAUAGUAACUCCCUCUGUCUCUGUCUUUAGAUCCAUCAUGGAGGAUCACGGUAGAGAAAGCUGCCCCCGCUAGUGGCUCUCUGGCUGGCAGGGUGGUGCUACCAUGCCACUACUCCAUCACCCCCACCUCCUCAAACACCCCCACCACACACACCCCUACACUCACCCACAUCCACACCCCUAACACCCAGGGUCCAGAGGACCAGCUGAGGAUCAAGUGGAGCAAGCUGGAGGGAGAUGGGGAGCAUGUGGUGUUGGUGGCCCAGGGAGGAGUGAUCAAGGUGGGGCAGGAGUACAAGGGAAGGGUGUCUGUGCCCAGCCACCCCCAGGCAGUAGGGGAUGCCUCGCUGAUCGUUGUCCGCCUGAGGGCUAGCGACGCUGGGCUGUAUCGCUGCGAGGUCAUGCAUGGGAUGGAGGACACCCAGGAUACUGUUCAUCUCAAUGUCAGUGGUGAGUGGACACACACACGGUAGCAGACACACACAGUAGCACACACUCACACUCACACACACAUUUCGCCCAUUAGAAUGUGUAAAUAAUAUAAUAUAUGCCAUUUAGCAGACGCUUUUAUCCAAAGCGACUUAUAGUCAUGCGUGCAUGCAUUUUACUUAGGAGUGGUCCUGGGUGGUCCAUGCGCUUUUGUCAUUAGUUACAGGAGUUGUUGGGUAAUAUAAAUAAUGUGAAACUCUCUAAUGCUAACUGUUUCCUGUCAUUCCCACUCAGACGUGCUGGUCCAUAGGGAGCCUUUAGUUAGUCUGUAAAGGUACCAUGGUGUGGUCAUGUGUCAGCGUUAUUAAGGUGGAAUAGUGCAGUUAGCUUUCUUGGACAGCAGAGCUGAGCAGUACGUCAAGUCAUCAUUACUAGACUGAGGAACUAACUGGCAGACAGUGGUGUUGUAGGAAUCCAGGAGAGGGGCUGUCUUGAACAUCUUGAGACCUUGUGACUGGCGUUAGUGACUCAGCUUCAUCAUUACCUUCAGGUCAUCAUUACCUGCUCAGAUGGCAGGAGAUUCAGUCUGGGACUGUGAUGUGUGAGGCAGAGUACAUGGCUGGCUGAAACAUUUAGCAGGUUUGCAUACGUAGAUGGAGAAAUAUUAUUGUGUAUUCUGACCUGGCAGUACUGCUGUGUUUCUCUGGUUGUAACACACUACCUCAUGCUGGGUCUGAUCUGUGCAGACCUACAGGGCUGGUGUAGGUCUUCUGAGGAUAAGGUAGAGGUGGUCUGCUCUUUGGUCUCCUCUGCCCAAGGACACUAAGAGAGGGAGAGAGACUGAGACUGAGAGUAAUCCUGAGAGAUUAACCUAGAAAUGUAGCCCUCAUCUGACAAAGUCAUCAGUAGUCUACAGUAGCUAGUAUCACCAUGUUUCACAGCACGGCAGUCUAAUGACCAUUAGCUGUGCCAGAGUAAACUAAACCACAGAUUGUCUCCAGGUCUCUCUCUCUCUCUCCGAGUCUCUCUGGGUUGCAUGCUGAGGCAAAGCUGGCUCUACACCUGUAGUAUUGUUCACUAAACAUACAAACCUGAGUUCCAAAUCUUCUGCUCUGAUGGAUUUGUCCUAUCAAAUCUUUUACAAUACAUUGUGUUAUGUAGCUCAUGUUGGGGGUUGGUGGGGGUUACAGUAUACUACUGUGUGUGGCAUUCAAGCUGGGUAUCUUUCAAAAGGAGAGACCCCCUGAAUAGCCCAGAUUAUCCCAGAUUCCACAUUAGAGAUGAACAACAGUCCGUUGAUACAGUACAGCCUUUGUGUGUGUAGAUACAGCCCGCUCUUCAGUCUCUGUUCACUAGGCAACAGACAGAGACUGCUCUAUUAGACUAACAACUGUCCUUUUACUGCAUGUCAGUCUAUUCAGUCUACUCUAUAACUGGAGCCAGUUUCCUAGAGGGAAAAAUUAUGAACUCUUAUGAACUUGGAAAAUAGGGGUCUGAUUGCACAAGACAAACAUUCUCAUAUAGUUUCAGGAUGUCAUAGAGCUAAAGUAUCAUAGCGCUUUCUUUUUAUCUGUCUCCCCUGCAGAACGAUGGUUGUAUUACUUGGUUGUCUCAGUUUCCUUAUUUGAAUGCACGUUUUGUACAGUAAGUUGAUCUGGAUAACAGUGGAUCCAAAACUACACACACACACACGCACGCACACACACACACACACACACACACACACACACACACACACACACACACACACACACACACACACACACACACACACACACACACACACACACACACACACACACACACACACACACACACACACACACACACACACACACACACACACACACACACACUGACAUCCUGUCUCUGUCUCUCCAGGUGUGGUGUUUCACUACAGGUCUAGCUCUAGUCGUUACACCUUGUCCUUCCCUGGGGCCAUUGAAGCGUGUUUCGCUGCCGGGGCCACCAUCGCUACAGCCGAACAGCUGACCGCCGCCUUCGAGGACGGACUGGACCAGUGUGACGCCGGCUGGAUAGCUGACCAGACCGUCAGGUGUGUGUGUGUGUUACUUGAGCUCUCAACUGAUAAACCCAUCUCAGGGAUACCUCCGUCCCUGUCAGAGUUUGUAUUGAAGACUACAUUUCCCAUGCUCCCUCUCUCUUCCUUGUAGAUACCCAAUCAUGAAGCCCCGUCCUGGUUGCAUGGGCGAUAUGAAGCACAGACCUGGGAUCAGGACGUAUGGGCUCAGAGACCCUAAAGAGACCUACGACGUCUACUGCUAUGUAGACAAACUACACGGUGAGGGAGUGUUAGUGUUGUUGUUUCUUGAUGGUGAGCUAAAGCAAUGUCAGCGUGUGUCUCUUUGGGUAAAGUGUGUGUAUAUCUCCCCUGUACUGUAGGUGAGGUGUUCUAUGCUCCUAUCAGCUACAAGCUGACCCUUCGCCAGGCCAAGCAUGAGUGUGAGAGGCAGGGGGCGGUGCUCGCCUCCCCUGGUAACCUGUUCGCCGCGUGGCGUGGAGGACUGGAUCGCUGUGACUACGGCUGGCUGUCAGACGGCAGUGCCCGCUACCCCAUCUCCGUCCCCAGGCCCCAGUGUGGAGGAGGGCUGCUGGGGGUCCGGACCCUGUACCGAUUCCCUGACCAGACAGGCUUCCCCAACCCUAUUGACAGACAUGGAGCUUUCUGUUUCAAGGGUAAGACUACUGUAAUACUAUUACCACCACUGUUACUGCUGUCGCUGCUGCUAAGACAGUGAUGACAAUGGCGAUUACAUUUAUGCUGAUAAGGAUAGGAAGGAAGAGGACGAGGACGAGGAUGAGGAGGGAGAAAGUGAAGAGGAGGAGGAGAAGGAGGAGGAUAACGAGAAAGAGAGGGAGGAGGAGGAGGAGGAGAAAGAGGAGAGAGGAGACAUGCUGUCUUGAUGAAAGACAGAGAGAAAACGUGAGAGGGGUAGAGAAGAGUUGAUCCUCUAUUGUAGUAACAGACAGGCAGACUUGGCAGGGGAGUAUCAUCAGGGAUAUUUAUGCAGCUUGAGUUUCUCUCAGGCUCAAUGAGUUAUGACCCGUCCUGUGUGAGGAAGAACUCUCACCCUGUUUUCACUUCCUGCUGAGGGUUAUCUAAAUGGCCAAGCCUGGGGGGACAGAUCACAUCUCAGUAGAGAGAGCGAGGAGGGGAUGGAGAGAGAGAAAGUGAGGUAUGGAGGGAAUGAGGGAGGAGGAGAAUGAGAAUGAGGGAGCGAGACAUAGAAGGGGGGAGAGGAGGAGGCCAGUGUUACAUGAAAGUCCUUUUACAGUAAAAGACUUAAGACAUAUGCAUGUAACCCACAUUUAUUCCUACAUCUCCCGUUGAUAUCAAUGCAUGGUUUAUGUAAUAGUUCAAGUUACGAGCAUGUGUUCUAAGUUAGAAUCUGGCCCACAAAGUGUUUAAAGCUUUUAAAAGGACUUUUAUUGUGAUAUCAUGUUGGACACGUCUGUUUGCACAGUGAGCGUUUACUUUAUAUCACAUCUGGAAAGACAAUGGCCCACUCCCUUCCUCUCCCAGCCUUACAGUGGCUUGCGAAAGUAUUCACCCCCCUUGGCAUUUUUCCUAUUUUGUUGCCUUACAACCUGGAAUUAAAAUGGUUGGUAUCAUUUGAUUUGCACAACAUGUCUACCACUUUGAAGAUGCAAAAUAUUUUUUCUUGUGAAACAAACAAGAAAUAAGACAAAAAAACAGAAAACUUGAGCGUGCAUAACUCUUCACCCCCCCCAAAGUCAAUACUUUGUAGAGCCACCUUUUGCAGCAAUUACAGCUGCAAGUCUCUUGGGGUAUGUCUCUAUAAGCUUGGCACAUCUAACCACUGGGAUUUUUGCCCAUUCUUCAAGCAAAAACUGCUCCAGCUCCUUCAAGUUGGAUGGGUUCCGCUGGUGUACAGCAAUCUUUAAGUCAUACCACAGAUUCUCAAUUUGAUUGAGGUCUGGGCUUUGACUAGGCCAUUCCAAGACAUUUAAAUGUUUCCCCUUAAACCACUCAAGUGUUGCUUUAGCAGUAUGCUGGAAGGUGAACCUCCGUCCCAGUCUCAAAUCUCUGGAAGACUGAAACAGGUUUCCCUCAAGAAUUUCUCUGUAUUUAGCGCCAUCCAUCAUUCCUUCAAUUCUGACCAGUUUCCCAGUCCCUGCCAAUGAAAAACAUCCCCACAGCAUGAUGCUGCCACCACCAUGCUUCACUGUGUGGAUGGUGUUCUCGGGGUGAUGAGAGGUGUUGGGUUUGAGCCAGACAUUGAGUUUUCCUUGAUGGCCAAAAAGCUCAAUUUUUGUCUCAUCAAACACCAAACGUGUUUGCUUAUUUUUUUCUUUAAGCAAUGGCUUUUUUCUGGCCACUCGUCCGUAAAGCCCAGCUCUGUGGAGUGUACGGCUUAAAGUGGUCCUAUGGACAGAUACACCAAUUUCCACUCUGGAGCUUUGCAGCUCCUUCUGGGUUAUCUUUGGUCUCUUCGUUGCCUCUCUGAUUAAUGCCCUCCUUGCCUGGUCUGUGAGUUUUGGUGGUCGACCCUCUCUUGGCAAUUUUUUAAUAAUGGAUUUAAUGGUGCUCCGUGGGAUGUUCAAAGUUCCUGAUAUUUUUUUAGAACCCAACCCUGAUCUGUACUUCUCCACAACUUUGUCCCUGACCUGUUUGGAGAGCUCCUUGGUCUUCAUGGUGCUGCUUGCUUGGUGGUUGCCCCUUGCUUAGUGGUGAAAGGCCCCAUACUCUGGGGCCUUUCAGAACAGGUGUAUAUAUACUGAGAUCAUGUGACAGAUCAUGUGACACUUAGAUUGCACACAGGUGGACUUUAUUUAACUAAUUAUGUGACUUCUGAAGGUAAUUGGUUGCACCAGAUUUUAUUUAAGGGCUUCAUAGCAAAGGGGGUGAAUACAUAGGCACGCACCACUUUUCCAUUAUUUAUUUCUUAGAAACCAGUUAUUUUUUUCAUUUCACUUCACCAAUUUGGACUAUUUUGUGUAUGUCCAUUACAUGAAAUCCAAAUAAAAAUCCAUUUCAAUUACAGGUUGUAAUGCAACAAAAUAGGAAAAACGCCAAGGGGAAUGAAUACUUUUGCAAGGCACUGUACUGUAUUCCCCAUACUCCCAGCCUUACUGUAUCACCCCAUACUCCCAGCCUUACUGUAUCACCCUAUACUCCCAGCCUUACUGUAUCACCCCAUACUCCCAGCCUUACUGUAUCACCCCAUACUCCCAGCCUUACUGUAUCACCCCAUACUCCCAGCCUUACUGUAUCACCCUAUACUCCCAGCCUUACUGUAUCACCCCAUACUCCCAGCCUUACUGUAUCACCCCAUACUCCCUGCCUUACUGUAUCACCUCAUACUCCCUGCCUUAUGUCUAUUGGUCUCUAACCAAUAUCACAUUAUUCUCCCUGCAUUACUGCACUCUUCCUCUAUCUACCUUACUUUGGUCUGCAGUCUCCAACCUCUCCAUCCUCUAUCAACCUUAAUGUGGUCUGCAGUCUGCAACCUCUCCAUCCUCUCUCUACCAUACUGGAGUCUCCAACCUCUCCAUCCUCUCUCUACCUUACUGCAGUCUCCAACCUCUCCAUCCUCUCUCUACCUUACUGCAGUCUCCAACCUCUCCAUCCUCUCUCCACCUUACUGCAGUCUCCAACCUCUCCAUCCUCUCUCUACCUUACUGCAGUCUCCAACCUCUCCAUCCUCUCUCUACCAUACUGGAGUCUCCAACCUCUCCAUCCUCUCUCACCUUACCUGCGUCUCCAACCUCUCCAUCCUCUCUCCACCUUACUGCAGUCUCCAACCUCUCCAUCCUCUCUCUACCUUACUGCAGUCUCCAACCUCUCCAUCCUCUCUCUACCUUACUGCAGUCUCCAACCUCUCCAUCCUCUCUACCUUACUGCAGUCUCCAACCUCUCCAUCCUCUAUCUACCUUAUCUGCAGUCUCCAAUCUCUCCAUCCUCUCUACCUUACUGCAGUCUCCAAUCUCUCCAUCCUCUCUCUACCUUACUGCAGUCUCCAACCUCUCCAUCCUCUAUCUACUUUACUGCAGUCUCCAAUCUCUCCAUCCUCUUUCUACCUUAUCUGCAGUGUCCAACCUCUCCAUCCACUCUCUACCUUAUCUGCAGUCUGUAACCUCUCCAUCCUCUCUCUACCUUACUGCAGUCUGCAACCUCUCCAUCCUCUCUCUACCUUACUGCAGUCUCCAACCUCUCCAUCCUCUCUCUACCUUACUGCAGUCUCCAACCUCUCCAUCCUCUCUCUACCUUAUCUGCAGUCUGCAACCUCUCCCUCCUCUACUUGCCUUGCUGUUGGCUGCAGUCUCCUACCUCCCAUUCUUCUGCCUUACCGCAGUCUCCAAGUCUCCAACCUCCCCUUCCUCUCCCUGCCUCCCUGCCAUACUGCAGUCUGCAACCUCCCCUAACGCUUCAUCCUAUCUCUACCUUACAGUCUCCAACUCCACGGCUGAUUUAGCCCAGUGUCUCCAACAUGGUUGGUUAAGGCCCAUUCUUUAAGGGUCAGGGCUUAAGACUGGAUCCUGGCUCGAAACAUGGCUCUGAUUUGGUGGGUCACUAGAAAACUUUAAAAGCUGUAGGUGGGUCACAGCAGAGACCCAGUUACAGUUAGGAACUCAAGCAGUUUAUAGUGUGGUGUUGCAAGGUGGAUGGGUUCUGCAGAGAAAUAGGGCUCUGUUUAACUCUACCUCUCUCCUGUUCCUCACAUUUAUGGGGCUGUGUGUUUUAUACGAGGGGAAAACCCAACUCAUGCUCUCUAAGACAGAAACAGGACAGGUCCCUAAUGCACUACAGCUGGCCCCUGCCCAGAGAGAGAGUGUAACAAGAGAGAAAGCGAAAGAGGAGGGAGAGAGAGUCUGAGAAAGAAAGCGAGCAACGCAAGUCUUACUUGCCCAAGAGUAUCAUUAUCAUUAUCAUCAUCAUCAUCAUCAUCAUGAUCAGAAUAGAUUUACACACUUGCAAUCCUCUUUUUCCAGAAACCAAAUAUUAUGUUGCAAUCUACUGGUUUCUAAAAUACCAGAAAAUGAAAUCCAUAACAUAAUUCACAUGUAAAUCACCUGAAACAGUAAGGUCUCUGACAGUGUGGUACUGAUUUAUACAGCUCAGAACGUACAGUAUAUGUGAGCUGCCUCAUGCACAGUGGACGUGACAUGGCUAUAGGGACAGACUGCAGGCCAGCCAACCAGAUGGCCUGGCCCAGCCAAACACAUGACAUCAGACCUGGGCUGGAGCUGAGCAGGAGCAGGAGCUGGACUGUCCAGGUCCCCUCACAGUGUGAGUGAGCAGGCUAACUAACUCCCCUGAGUGUCUUUGCUCAGAGUCCUGCAAGCUAUAAACGCCUCUAACAGUCACAAAGAGAGAGAGAGAGAGGGGGGUGGUGGAGAGGAAGAUAAAGCAAUGGAGAGAGGGAGUGAACGUGUGAGAAAGAGAGGGAAAGAGAAAAAGGGGGAGAGAAGGGGUAAGGGGGGAGGAUCCCAGCUCCUUCAUCUAUACAUGGCCUCAACAUUUUGAGAGGAGGUGGAAUGUUGAAAUGGAAUAUAUACAGUAUCAGUCAAAAGUUUGGACACACCUACUUAUUCCAGGGAUUUUCUUUAUUUUUACUAUUUUCUACAUUGUAGAAUAAUAGUGAAGACAUCAAAGCAAUGAAAUAACACAUAUGGAAUCAGGUAGUAAACAGAAAAGUGUUAAACAAAUCCAAAUAUAUUUAUAUUUGAAGUUUCUUCAAAGUAGCUACCCUUUGCCUUGAUGACAGCUUUGCACACUCUUGGCAUUCUCUCAACCAGCUUCAUGAGGUAGUCACCUGGGAUACAUUUCAAUUAACAGGUGUGCCUUCUUAAAAGUUCAUUUGUGGAAUUUAUUUCCUUCUUAAUGAAGAUAGCCCUAUUUGGUAAAAGACCAAGUCCAUAUUAUGGCAAGAACAGCUCAAAUAAGCAAAGAGAAACAACAGUCCAUCAUUACUUUAAGACAUGAAGGUCAGUCAAUACAGAAAAUAUCAAGAACUUUGAACGUUUCUUCAAGUACAGUCGCAAAAACCAUCAAGCGCUAUGAUGAAACUGGCUCUCAUGAGGACCGCCACAGGAAAGGAAGACCCAGAGUUACCUCUGCUGCAGAGGAUAAGUUCAUCAGAGUUAACUGUACCUCAGAUUGCAGCCCAAAUAAAUGCUUCACCGAGUUCAAGUAACAGACACAUCUCAACAUCAACUGUUCAGAGGAGACUGUGUGAAUCAGGCCUUCAUGGUCGGAUUGCUGCAAAGAAACCACUACUAAAGGACACCAAUAAGGAGAAGAGACUUGCUUGGGCCAAGAAACAUGAGCAAUGGACAUUAGACCGGUGGAAAUCUGUCCUUUGGUCUGAUGAGUCCAAAUUUGAGAUUUUUGGUUCCAACCGCCGUGUCUUUGUGAGAUGCAGAGUAGGUGAAUGGAUAAUCUCCGCAUGUGUGGUUCCCACCGUGAAGCAUCGAGGAAGAGGUGUGAUGGUGUGGGGGCGCUUUGCUGGUGACAAUGUCUGUGAUUUAUUUAGGCACCCUUAACCAGCAUGGCUACCACAGCAUUCUGCAGCGAUACGCCAUCCCAUCUGGUUUGCGCUUAGUGGGAAUAUCAUUUGUUUUUCAACAGGACAAUGACCCAACACACCUCCAGGCUGUGUAAGGGCUAUUUGACCAAGAAGGAGAGUGAUGGAAUGCUGCAUCAGAUGACCUGGCCUCCACAAUCACCCGACCUCAACCCAUUUAGAGAUGGUUUGGGAUGAGUUGAACUGCAGAGUGAAGGAAAAGCAGCCAACAAGUGCUCAGCAUAUGUAGAACUCCUUCAAGACUGUUGGAAAAUCAUUCCAGUUGAAGCUGGUUGAGAGAAUACCAAGAGUGUGCAAAGCUGUCAUCAAGGCAAAUGGUGGCUACUUUGAAGGAUCUCAAAUGUAAAAUAUAUUUUGUUUUAUACUUUUUUAGUUACUACAUGAUUCCAUUUGUGUUAUUUCAUAGUUUGGAUGUAUUCACUAUUAUUCUACAAUGUAGAAAUUGUACUGUACAUUAAACUUAAUUAUGUCAUUACCGUGUGUCAGUAAGGUUAACGUACGUCAGCUGCCCAUGAGACAAGCUAGCACGUUAUAAAAUACCUGUGUGUGUCUGCUUUUGUUUGUGUGUGUGUGUGUGUGUGUGUGCUUGUGUUUGUGUGUGUGUGUGUGUGUAUGUAAGGCCUUGCCUUCCAUUUUCCUCUUAUGGUAAAGAUUUACUGGAGAUCCACAGAUGUUGUUUGAUGCCAAACUCAUAUUUCUCUGUGGUUUACACAGACAGCCUGUGGGUGGAUUAUAUGGGCAGACAAUGUAAAGACUUUGGGUUAGGGUUAUAGGCUAUUGUAUACAGGAAGAAAAGAGAGAGGGCUAACAUGUUGGCUCAAGAUGUGCUCCAGUGUUGAAACAUAGCAGGUUAUGUGAAGCCAAAUGGGUGUGUGUGUGUGUUUCCGCGCGCAUGGAGGUUGGAGGUUUACUGUUGUCCUAAAACAACCAGUUUUAACACAGUUCAGACACCAUGCUGUCUAAAAAUACAGACCUCCUGGCAGUUAUACAGAGGGGGUUAUUAUCCUGACAGACUGACACCACUGGCACUGACGCUUUCCCUGGUUUAUUCUUGACGGCUGACGUCUCUCUUUAAAAAUCUAACUCUCUGGGUUGGAUUUCCAUUUACAGCCUGUUGCUGUGAGCUGACACCGUUCUGAUUCUGACAAAAUCAUGUUUAGCAUUCUCUGUUAAAGUUGUGAUUCUUGUUAGUUUUUUAUUUACUAAGGCACAGCAUCGAACAUCUGACCCCCAUCUGACCCCCAUCUGACCCCCAUGGUUCAUCUGGAACAUCUGACCCCCCCCCCUCUUUCUCUCUAUACCUUUGAGUACAUUACUGUACUUUGACUGUUAUCUCAGGUGGGGGUAUAUGUUCCUGUUAAAAGUGUUGUGACCAGAGCUAAACAUCUCACAUCUCUCUGUCUCUGCAGGUAAGGAACCAGAGAUCACCACUCCUGGACCUGUGACGACCACAGACGCUCGCAGGACAGACACAGUUACAGAGAAACCUCAUGCUACCAACCACACAGGCAGACCAAACCUUACAGACCCAACUCACACAGCCAGAACUGACCACACAGUUACAGACAGAGCUCACACAGUUACAGAGAAACCUCAUGCUACCAACCACACAGGCAGACCAAACCUUACAGACCCAACUCACACAGCCAGAACUGACCACACAGUUACAGACAGAGCUCACACAGUUACAGAGAAACCUCAUGCUACCAACCACACAGGCAGACCAAACCUUACAGACCCAACUCACACUGCCAGAACUGACCACACAGUUACAGACAGAGCUCACACAGUUACAGAGAAACCUCAUGCUACCAACCACACAGGCAGACCAAACCUUACAGACCCAACUCACACUGCCAGAACUGACCACACAGUUACAGACAGAGCUCACACAGUUACAGAGAAACCUCACCACACAGAAAGACCACACCAAACUACUGCAGACCAAGACAGAAGUCAGGCUACAGGUGGACCACAUGAUACAGCUUAUACAGGCACAGACAGACAUCACACAGUUACAGACAGAACACACACCACCAAACACAAACAUCACACCACUGACCACAAGACAACAGACAAAGAAAAAACUACAGGAGACAGAACUGCAGACAGAAAGACCGACUCCUCUGUUGGUACCACUCUGUUCCCUGAGUAUGACGUGGAUGACUUUGGCCCAGACCUAACCAAGGUAGAGUCAGUCCCAAGCAGGGGUGAUACCCUGUUCCCCCUGCAGCUGCCACCACUCCCCACCACCCGCUUCCAGCCCACCCACCCCCACCUCGACAUCAACCAGGGGGGAGACCAGGUGGGAGAGGGAGAGACUCAGACAGGCUCAGGCAGAGGGGAGAGCAGUGGGAGUGGGGAGGGGAGCAGUAGUGAUGGGGCAAGUGAGGAGAAGGACAGGGUAGUAGUGACUCCUACACAGGGCUUCAUGGCCGGGACAGGGAUGGGAUCAGACCCCUCACGUCCAGGACAACCAAGUUACCCAGGACGUCCAGGGUCGGUCACCCCAGAGCAGGGCCAACCAGGCGGGGACAGAGUGACAGGACAAAAGCCUGCUGUGGUCUACAAGGAGGACGAGGGCCAGAGCUCUAGAACAACAACCCACAGCAUACCAGAAGCCACGGAAUCAUACAGCGUGGACCAAUCGGUGGGCAGCCCUCAUGAGGCGUCUCCCACCAAACCACCCUUCCACCUCAUCAUUGUCAACGUGCAUGACAAGAACCAAUCAGGUGAGAGUUUACUGUUGACUCUAGUGACAAGGUGUGGAGAUAAACCUAAUGUUGUUUAAUGUAAUUCACAACUAGCCUAACUCUUAUCUCAGGACUGCUAUCUCAGUAUGUAUGUGGACGUACUGUAACACCUCUGUUUAAAGGGAUUUUCCUCAUGAUUGUAUCACCAAACUAUGCAGUCUCAGCCCUCUUGUUGUGAAAUGACUAUAAUAACUUCUGUUGUGUACUCUAACAUUCUGAGUCUCUGUGGGUGACUGUGUGCUGAUUGACUCUGUACUCUGUACCCACAGUGGCCUGCUUCUAUUGAUGCUAUGUAGGCAGACAGACUGGUCAGAGAGAGAGACAGAUAGAGAGACAGAGAGAGAGACAGAGAGAGAGAGAGAGAGAGAGAGAGAGAGAGAGAGAGAGAGAGAGAGAGAGAGAGAGAGAGAGAGAGAAGAGAGAGAGACGAGGACAAGAGACAAAGAGCAGAGAGAUAGAACACACACACCAGCCGAAUAGAGAUAACAUCAAUUCUCUCUCUCCUAUCCACUAUCUCAUCUAUGCUACGUAUCUCUCUCUCUAAAUCGCUCGCCCUCUCUCCUCCAUCCAGAUAUACCUACUCAAGCCCUAUAUCUCAUCCCUCAUCUCUCGUACUAGACUAGAGAGAUAUGACCUCUACGAUAUCCUCUCAGAGAAUAAGAGAUAUUGCAUGGAAAGAGAGUAUACAGGACACACUGUUAAAGAGUGUGUGUGGCAUGGACAGGAAGGACACAGUGACCACUCUUAAACCAGGCUACUGCUGGACAACUGUGACCUAAACUGACCUCAUACAUCUCCAUAAUAUAUUAGUAUCUCCAGAUUUCCACCCAAGACACAUUUACGAGGGGUCUCUGAGAUCUGUCAUGUCAGUAAGCCUUGGCUGCUGUUGGAGUUCAGGAUCUGUGGGAGCUUUUUCAGAUUCAGGGCUGACCUCAUUUAGCUGUGUGCGUGCGUGCCUGCUUGCAGUGAUGCCUUGAGGAAAUGUGGGGCUUGACGAGGAUGAGCUCUGGAUGCUUUCUAGCUGUUUGUUGUCUUGUUUUAAUAGAGAAGUUGUAUCAUUAUCACCCCUGUCCAUUUACAAGCAAGCUGGCAGCACCAGUUUACAUGCAAACACAUCUGCAGAUUCUGCACAAACAGAUGUGGACAAACAUUAAGAAAUGUUUUGGUCUUUAUCUUAGUCGUCCAGGAACUUCUCAGAAAGAAAGAGAGAGAGAAAAAGAGAAAGACACUCUCAGACACACACACUCACACACACACACACUCACACAUACACACACUCACUCACACACACACACACUCACAUUGUUGCACACACUCACACACACACACUCACACACACACACACACACACGCACACACUCACACACACACACACUCACACACGUACACACACUCACACACACACACACACACACUCACACUCUCACACACACACACACACACACACACAUACUCACACACACACACACGCACGCACGCGCACACACACACACUCACGCACACACACACACUCACACACAAACACACAAACACUCACACACACUCACACACACAAACACUCACACACUCACACACUCACACAAACACUCACACACUCACACACUCACACAUACACACACACACACACACACACACAUACUGCAAGUAGGCCUAAGCAUUUCGUUGGCCGGUGUAUACCACGUGCAUACGACUAAUAAAACUUGAAACUUAAACUUGAAACACACACACACGACCCUGAGGUCUUUUGAAUCAAUCAGCGAUGUAAUCAUGGUCAACUAAUUACUCCCUUCAUCCCCCUUUCCCCUGUGAUGUGUGAAUCCACCCCGCUCCCCUACCCCCAUCCAAGCCAUAACAUUUAUGAAUGGCUAUUGUUCAUAAUUAAAGGGGCAUAUUGUAUAUUGGAUCCAGUAAGUUAGAUACAGUUCACCCAUACUCAUAAGACUCAGGUUCCUAAGUGGUUAUACACCAAUUUUACACUACAAUAAAAGCAAUAUUCAGUUAUGUCUAACUCCUGGUCAACAUCAGGUAACAAGGCACCUCCAGUUAUAUUGUGUACAUAUUUACACAUCUUUUUUACAAUCACUUUGGCACUAAUUUCAGAACCUUGACGUCAUUUUUCAAAACUCUAGACACAAAACUCAAAACGGUCAUCACUUGUAACACAGGCUGUCCAAUGUUCAAAACAUUGCAUUGUGCAUUCAUAUCUUUAAAGAAAUCUUGCACUUGCACAAUCAUUGGUUCAAAAAACAAAUGUAUUGUGAAAUACCAAUGAAACGUUAAUUUAGAUCACCCACACACAAGCAACCGAUAGUUUCACUGUGUCAUUGUUCGUACGAUCAUUAAAUAUUGUAGUACAAAAUAGGUGAUACAUGUUUCAUUAUGGUACUACAUGUAAAUACAUCCCUGUAAAAGUACUGCAGUAGUAGAGAGAAUACUACAGACACAGUGGAAUCAUUGAACAAAAUCUGAAAUAUAUUGAUGAAAAACAAUACAGUACUGUAAAACAUCAAAUGCAGUGUUCCUCAACUUGCUUGCUUGUACUGUAAAAAGCAAAACAUAGGAGUGAUUACUGUACUUCUACAUUUUCAUCAACUCUGUCUUGUGGUUUUGGCCACAGGUUCUCAUCUACAUCACAAUGGAUGUUUUCAUUAGCCAAACAUCUUGGAAAAAACCUUUGGCCAUGGCGAAUCCAGGCCUGACACUGGUCUGCCGUGAUGUCAUUGCAUGCGUCAUCCAUGGCCUGGAGAAGAGUGACUUAUUCAUGAGGGCGCCUAUCAUAAACCUUCCAUCUCCAUGUGGAGAAAAAUUCCUCAAUCGGGUUAAGGAAAGGAGAGUAUGGGGGUAAAUACAGGGUGGUAAAUUGUGCAUGGGCCUGAAACCAUGCUUGCACCAUAUGAGCAUGGUGGAACCUGACAUUAUCCCACACAAUGACAUAGGUCACGCCACCAGCUCUACAGGCCUGAUCGAGCUCAUCAAGGAAGGUUACAAGGGGACCAUAGAAACGGUGUCUGAUAAAGAAUGAUGAUGAAAUAUUACAUCCAUAGAUAAUGUAGUCUAAUUGGUUCAUGCUCCAUGCUAAUUGGUGACAAUGAAUCUCGUUACUUUGAAACUUUCAUGAUCUAAACAUGGAAUAUUGUUUGUCUGUUUCCAUACAACUAUGCAUUAAGAGCAAUGCAACAGUUACUUAUCAUUUUGAGCAGUUGUAUCAAUUGAUAGUUGGAUAAUUGUAAUGAAAUGAAUAGACACUCAUCUGAAAUGUAAUGUGUGAAUUGCCUUUUGAAAUAGUAGUACUUUGAUGUUAAGUUGUGUCAUAUUGAACAGGUGACUUUUGUUAAAUGAACAAAUGAUCUUAGUUUUAUGUGUAUUGUAUCCAAGCAAUUGAAAAAAGUGUUAGAGUUUUGAAAAAUGUGCAUUUUGAUCAUUGGUUGUGAGUUUUGUGUCUAGAGUUUUGAAAAAUGACGUCAAGGUUCUGAAAUUAGUGCCAAAGUGAUUGUAAAAAACUGUAAGUCAUGUAUUAGACGCUCUUAUCCAGAGGGACUUACAGGAGCAAUUAGGGUUAAGUGACUUGCUCAAGGGCACGUCAACAGAUUUUUCAUCUAGUCGGCUCAGGGAUUCGAACCAGCAACCUUUCGUUUUCUGGCCCAACGCUCUUAACCGCUAGGCUACCUACGCACACACAUAUGCGCGUGCACGCACGCAGGCACACACACACACACACACACACACACACACACACACACACACACACACACACACACACACACACACACACACACACACACACACACACACACACACACACACACACACACACACACACACACACACACACACACACACACACACACACACAGAGAGAGAGAGACAGACAGACAGAGACACACACACAUUCAACUGUAGAUUAAAAUGAUUUAUUUAUACCAUCCCGUCACAGUUUUUAUUUGUCCCCAGAGAUAUAACUAACCUCAGGUUUAGUGCUGACCAUCCGAUUGUGCUUCCCCCUUGCACCCGUUCCCACGAUAUAGGUUCCAUGUGUACCAUAAAGACCUAAUGAAGACACACAAACCUGCCUUGUUCCAGUAACACGUCUGGCUCGGAUCGACCCAGUCAUAGCCAACACACAGCAGACACUAUUCACUCUUUGUGGAUAAUAUUGCAAUGCUGAAACAAUUAUACAGUGGGGAAAAAAAGUAUUUAGUCAGCCACCAAUUGUGCAAGUUCUCCCACUUAAAAAGAUGAGAGAGGCCUGUAAUUUUCAUCAUAGGUACACGUCAACUAUGACAGACAAAUUGAGAUAUUUUUUCUCCAGAAAAUCACAUUGUAGGAUUUUUAAUGAAUUUAUUUGCAAAUUAUGGUGGAAAAUAAGUAUUUGGUCACCUACAAACAAGCAAGAUUUCUGGCUUUCACAGACCUGUAACUUCUUCUUUAAGAGGCUCCUCUGUCCUCCACUCGUUACCUGUAUUAAUGGCACCUGUUUGAACUUGUUAUCAGUAUAAAAGACACCUGUCCACAACCUCAAACAGUCACACUCCAAACUCCACUAUGGCCAAGACCAAAGAGCUGUCAAAGGACACCAGAAACAAAAUUGUAGACCUGCACCAGGCUGGGAAGACUGAAUCUGCAAUAGGUAAGCAGCUUGGUUUGAAGAAAUCAACUGUGGGAGCAAUUAUUAGGAAAUGGAAGACAUACAAGACAACUGAUAAUCUCCCUCGAUCUGGGGCUCCACGCAAGAUCUCACCCCGUGGGGUCAAAAUGAUCACAAGAACGGUGAGCAAAAAUCCCAGAACCACACGGGAGGACCUACUGAAUGACCUGCAGAAAGCUGGGACCAAAGUAACAAAGCCUACCAUCAGUAACACACUACGCCGCCAGGGACUCAAAUCCUGCAGUGCCAGACGUGUCCCCCUGCUUAAGCCAGUACAUGUCCAGGCCCGUCUGAAGUUUGCUAGAGUGCAUUUGGAUGAUCCAGAAGAGGAUUGGGAGAAUGUCAUAUGGUCAGAUGAAACCAAAAUAUAACUUUUUGGUAAAAACUCAACUCGUCGUGUUUGGAGGACAAAGAAUGCUGAGUUGCAUCCAAAGAACACCAUACCUACUGUGAAGCAUGGGGGUGGAAACAUCAUGCUUUGGGGCUGUUUUUCUGCAAAGGGACCAGGACGACUGAUCCGUGUAAAGGAAAGAAUGAAUGGGGCCAUGUAUCGUGAGAUUUUGAGUGAAAACCUCCUUCCAUCAGCAAGGGCAUUGAAGAUGAAACGUGGCUGGGUCUUUCAGCAUGACAAUGAUCCCAAACACACCGCCCGGGCAACGAAGGAGUGGCUUCGUAAGAAGCAUUUCAAGGUCCUGGAGUGGCCUAGCCAGUCUCCAGAUCUCAACCCCAUAGAACAUCUUUGGAGGGAGUUGAAAGUCUGUGUUGCCCAGCGACAGCCCCAAAACAUCACUGCUCUAGAGGAGAUCUGCAUGGAGGAAUGGGCCAAAAUACCAGCAACAGUGUGUGAAAACCUUGUGAAGACUUACAGAAAACGUUUGACCUGUGUCAUUGCCAACAAAGGGUAUAUAACAAAGUAUUGAGAAACUUUUGUUAUUGACCAAAUACUUAUUUUACACCAUAAUUUGCAAAUAAAUUCAUUAAAAAUCCUACAAUGUGAUUUUCUGGAUUUUUUUUCUCAUUUUGUCUGUCAUAGUUGACGUGUACCUAUGAUGAAAAUUACAGGCCUCUCUCAUCUUUUUAAGUGGGAGAACUUGCACAAUUGGUGGCUGACUAAAUACUUUUUUUCCCCACUGUAAUUUAUCAGCAAUGUGCAUGAGGGAUUCCCCAUGGUGUGUUUCUGGUAGACCUUAAUCUGCAGGAUCUGCAGGUCCUGAUGCACACACACACACACACACACACACACACACACACUCACACACACACACCCUUAUUUGGAUCCACAAAUGUACAUUUCAAGAGGGAUCCAAACCUCUCAAUGGUCACUGUAUACAUGGACACUCAAGGAUAAAGAAACCACCUUCUUCUCCAAACAGCUGAAACAGGCCAGUACCUAGCCAACUGCUUUGCUAUGGUCUUUAGCAGGGCCGUAACAUGGAGGCUAUAUACUGCAAGCCUAUGAAAGUGUCUGAGACUGACAAAUAUAAGUAUCACCAGCUUGCACCUACAGUAUUCCCGAGGCUGUCCAAGCGUGCUACCGAGGGGCUGGUAUUUUAUAUAGCAGUCAAAUGAGCAGCCCACUUCCAGAAUCCCACUUCCCACUUCCCUGACCUCUCCCUGUGUUGCUCCUGUGUUUCCAGUGGACCACAUCCUGCAGAUCCUUGGCCAGCCUCUAGGGGGUAAUGGAGAUUCCCACUCCGCUCUCAUCCCAGCCUUCCCAUUCAUCCAGACUGAGGCCAUUCAGGGCAACGAGGACUCUGACAGCAUCCAUCCCAUCACUCUCCCCCCAACACUAAGCUUCAUCAACGGGAAACACCAGGUCAGAUUUACUGUGGUUGUCUGGAUUUGUGAGAUAUGUUCAGCCUCUUUUUCAAGGACAAUUGAAGUAGAAAAGCAUCAUCGGGAUGUGUUGCAUAAAGUGACACAACAGGAAAAUUAAUAUUCAUUAAUUCAUUUAUUCAUUUAGGUGACUCUGGAGCCAGAGCUGCCAGGGAAGGAGCAGGAGGCGAGAGGAGACCAGUUUGAGACAGCCACACCAGUCCACAGUGAACUGGGAGAAGAGAUGGAUCAUGAAGAGGAGGAGAAGAGCCUCACUCCCUUUGACUAUGGAGCUAUUCAUACUGGAGAGACCAGAGAGUCCACUACUACAGACACAGACACAGACAGAUACACAACUACAGACACAGACAGAGACACAGACAGAGACACAGACAGAGACACAACUUCAGACAGAGUCACGGACAGAGACACAACUUCAGACAUAGUCACGGACAGAGACACAACUUCAGACAGAGACACAGACGGAGACACAACUUCAGACAGAGACACGGACAGAGACACAACUUCAGACAGAGUCACGGACAGAGACACAACUUCAGACAGAGACACAGACAGAUAUAGGGACAGAGAGAGGACACAGACAGAAGGAAAGACAGAGAGCUCCAAAGAAACAACCCCUUCUUCCCGACACACUUCCCCAGUCUCUUCCCCAGUCUCUUCUCCAGUCUCUUCCACAGUCUCAGCCUCAUCCUCUGGUUCCCCCCAUACUUCCCCAGAUGGCAUCUCCCCAUAUGAGGACAUGGAGGGGUCAGGCGGCCGUACCCAGGAGAGCUCAGCAGACGAUACCCGGCCCACCCCAGCCGUAGAUAGCCAAUCAGAUGUGGUCACGGACGAGACAGAGAUUGGAGGGGCGGAGAGCGUCACACACACUCCAUCUCACACACGCUACACUUACACCAAGGACACACACACUCCCUCACAGACCGAGGCGAGAGACUUUGAGGGGUCUACAUCAACAGAAGAGGAAGGCUCAGCACAGGAGGUGUACCCACCUGAAGACCCCAGAUACACUAGCCCUGGCAGCCCUGGAGCCAUUGAGGCUCCCCUGGUGGGGCCUGGGGUGAAGGGACAGGUGACUGUUACACCCGAACCAGGUGCCAGACCAGGAGCCAGACCAGCCCAGGGAGGAGUGACUGUAGGAGACCGCACUGCACAUCACACAGACUCUUCUACACAGCACAGAGACUACCCCCUCCAGCCUACCACGCAGGAUAAAGAUCUCUUUCACUCAUACUAAGGAUCAGACCAGAUACCCACCUACACAUGGGAAGGACCAAACCACUCAGCACACCACACACGAUAGAGAUCACUCCACACACACUAAAGAGCAAACCAAACAACCCUCUCACCCUAGAUUCCCCACCACCCACCACCAGGAGCAAACCAGCCACUCUACCACAGAUCAGAAGACCACACAGCACCUGAACCAAACACACACACCCCCUGCACACCCCUCCACUCCACCUCCCGCCCGCCCCUCCACUCCACCUCCCGCCCGCCCCUCCACUCCACCUCCCGCCCGCACCUCCACUCCACCUCCCGCCCGCCCCUCCACUCCACCUCCCGCCCAUCUCUCCACUCCACCUCCCGCCCGCCCCUCCACUCCACCUCCCGCCCCGCCCCUCCACUCCACCUCCCGCCCAUCUCUCCACUCCACCUCCCGCCCGCCCCUCCACUCCACCUCCCACCCGCCCCUCCACUCCACCUCCCGCCCAUCUCUCCACUCCACCUCCCGCCCCGCCCCUCCACUCCACCUCCCGCCCGCCCCUCCACUCCACCUCCCGCCCAUCUCUCCACUCCACCUCCCGCCCGCCCCUCCACUCCACCUCCCGCCCAUCCCUCCACUCCACCUCCUGCCCGCCCCUCCACUCCACCUCCCACCCGCCCCUCCACUCCACCUCCCGCCCGCCCCUCCACUCCACCUCCCGCCCAUCCCUCCACUCCACCUCCUGCCCGCCUCUCCCGCCCCAUCCCUGACUGGACCCUGACCCCCCAGACCCUCCUGCCUGACGGGGAGGAGUUUGUGGAUAAUGACCGUGUGAUUGGUUCUCCUCUGCUGGAGGCCAGCCCCCCUGUUCCUGAGGAACCCCAGUCCACCUAUCAGCCUGAAACAAGAACUGACUACUACAUCGAGGCCCAGACCGUCGAUGUCAGACGUAGGUGUAAAUCUCAGAGCCUAUUCAAUGUGUUUAAUGAUGGGUGUAUGAUGUCAUCAUGGCCAUUGGUUGUUGUUGAAUGUUGAUGAUGAUAAUAAUGUUCUUGAUGAUAAUAAUAAUGUUAUUGAUGAUGAUAAUAAUGUUCUUGAUGAUGAUAAUAAUGUUAUUGAUGAUGAUAAUAAUGUCCUUGAUGAUGAUGAUAAUAAUGUUAUUGAUGAUGAUAAUAAUGUUCUUGAUGAUAAUAAUAAUAUAUAAUGUUGUUGAUGAUGAUAAUAAUGUUCUUGAUGAUAAUAAUAAUGUUCUUGAUGAUGAUAAUAAUGUUAUUGAUGAUGAUAAUAAUGUUCUUGAUGAUAAUAAUAAUGUUCUUGAUGAUGAUAAUAAUGUUCUUGAUGAUGAUAAUAAUGUUCUUGAUGAUGAUAAUAGUGUUAUUGAUGAUGAUAAUAGUGUUAUUGAUGAUGAUGAUGCUGAUAAUGCUGAUAAUGAUGACAAUGACAGCGAUGAUGUUAACUUUGCGAUGAUGCUAAUGAUAACUGCUGUGAUGAUGAGGAUGAUAAUGAUGAUGAUAUGUGUGUGUCUGUCUCAGCUCUGCAGCAGUGCACUGUGAAUGUGUGUCUGAACGAAGCAUCUUGCUACCAGAGAGGCAACGCCAGCAUCUGUGCGUGUGCACAUGGAUACACCGGACAGCGCUGCGAGACAGGUACACACAUACGCACACACACACACACACACACACACACACAUACACACACACACACACACACACACACACACACACACACACACACACACACACACACACACACACACACACACACACACACACACACACAUACACACACACACAGUUAUAUUAUAUUCUGUGUCAUUUGUGUAGAUGUUGACGAGUGCCAGUCCAACCCAUGUCGUAAUGGAGCCACCUGUAUGGACGGAGUCAACUCCUUCAGCUGUGUGUGUCUGCCCAGCUAUGCAGGACAGCUCUGUGAACAAGGUAACACACACACCAGUGCAGCUGCUUUGAUCAAAGCUUUUACAGAAAAGAGACAGCCUUUCAAGCCAACCAACAAAAGUGGUAAAUUAUUCUAGUGGAACUGCCAGCUCUUGGUCGUAUUUAGUCAGUAGACAGACUCCAUUCUCUGGAUCAGGCUGAGAAAACCAUUGUCCAAGGUUGACUAUGGCUGUGUAUAGGGCUGCAUCACACACACAGACACAUACGCAUUCACACACACACACACACACACACACACACACACACACACCCACACCCACACACACACACACACAGUGAGUCAUGUCUCUGCUCCCUGGAUAUCCCCUAACGCUGGGCGUUGGCUGCACACUAGAUUAGUUCCAGCUCCAUCCCCAAUACUGCUGCUUUUACUCAGCAAUAAUACUGUACUGCAUGCUCACGUACAUACACCCAAUAACAUCUUCAUUCACCCUCUUACUGUAUCUGUAACAGUGCAUACAGAAAUAUAUUGCUAAACAAACAAACACACUGACAGCCACACCUGGAGAACCACAGCUGUGUUCUGCUGCUAGUGGGCCAGAGGAGAGAGAGAAAGGAGAGAAUUAGUCCAUUAUUUUAUUAGAAAGAUGUUGCAGCUGUGGUGAACUGGAUCAAUGCAGGCUGUACUAACCACUGGCAUUGACCAAACCAACUCUUUAUCCAGUACAGAGCUGCUCGUUGACAUUGUGUGUGUGUGUUAGUGUGUGUGUGUGUGUGUGUGUGUGUGUGAGCAUGUGCGUGUGUGUGUAAGUAUGUGCAUGCGUGUGUAGCCAGGGACGGGGGUAUGAUAAGUUAAUAAAGGUGAUCUGAAGUUUGCUGAUGAUAGACGUACCCUGAGGCCUUGAUUAAAUGUAAUAUUAUUGUCAAUUGCACUCCAGGUCCAGCCGAAACUUGACUUCCGCUUUUAACCCAACCCCUCUGAAUCGGAGAGGUGCACGGGGCUGCCACAUUGGGCGCCCGGGGAGCUGUUGUUGUGGGGGCGUUGCUCAGAGGCAGAACGACAGAUUUUUCACCUUGUCGGCUCAGGGAUUCAAGCGGUCAACCUCUGGGUUACUGGCCAGCACUCUAACUGCUAGGCCACCUGCCACCCCGUAACCCCCUAUCUAACACACACCACAUGCUCUCUCAGUCUACCAGUCUUGCUUUAACCCUUUAUAAUGUUUGUAUGUUUCUCUAGACAUUAUAAUUGAUGACAUCACAAAGACCUGCCUAUUCAGCCCGUAUGAUAUGAAUAACACUGGCCAUUCCCUAGCAACGAACUUAGCAACAAGACUUGCGGGAAAAAAGCAAAACAGACCCGAGAAGUUAACAGUGGUUUUUGCAGAUUGGCAUUCGCUGUAUCAAGUGUCUCAUCAUUAAAUUAUGUCAACACAUGAUGUGUUGCUUUUCAUAACAUAUUGAACCCAUUCAACAUUCUACAGUAGAACACUCAGAAUAAACUUCUAGAAGAAUGAAACUACUCUAAGCAACUAUUCAGAAUUGUAAUUCUAUUAGAACAGCUCACCAGAGAAUCAUGUGUGUGAAUAGUCAUCUCAUCCAAGCCAGCAGCAUGCCAGAUCAUGGUGUUCUGACAUAGCAUUGUGGACCCACUAACAUACACUUCAUGACCAAAUCUAGCAAAGUCCAAAAUUAACAAAGAGGGUUCACUAUGGAGCUACAGUCCCUUAGUGCAGUAGCAUGCUCUUCUAUACUCGACUUACACAGGCGGAUCAAUGUGUGUGAAUGCAUGAGAGCGAGCAAUCUUGUGUGUGUGUGUGUGUGUGUUUGGCCUAGAGAACAGGGGAACUUGUGAGGGUUUCCAAAGAGGAUAAUGAGCACCAACUGUGAGUCUGUGAGCUCAUUCAGUCAGGGACCUUUCUAAACCAGCUGGAGCUCUUUCUCUUUUAUAGUCCACCCUUCGUUUUAGUUUCUCUCUCUUUAACUCUCUCACUCUGUUUCUAUGUCUCUGUUUCUCUCUCUUCUCCCCUAAUUUUGUGCAAUUUGUUUAAUCUCUGUGGAUAUUGUUAGCCAUUGAUUCCUCUGAUAGUCAAUGAUUCCUCUCUCUGCCUCUCUCUCCCCCCAGACACAGAGGUGUGUGAGUAUGGCUGGCAGAAGUUCGAGAGCCAUUGUUAUAAGUACAUCACCCACCGUCGGACCUGGGACGCCGCCGAGAGAGAGUGUCGUGUCCAAGGAGCCCACCUAGCCAGUGUCCUGUCACAGGAGGAGCAGCUGUAUGUCAACCGUAAGUCCCGCCUCCCUUAGGUUGUCAUUGGUCACAGGUAACAGGUCCAGGUUAGGGUGAGAGGUCAGAGGGUAGAGAGUAUGGGGCAUAGAGAUAUUGUGUGUCAUAUGUAGCACUCAAGUCUCCAUAAUGAAACUGUUUUGAUGAGUCUGCACAACAAACUGUAAAAGACUGAUGUCUGUGCAACAUGCAGCUCAGGUUGUGGUAACAACAUGACAACAUGACCCAGUUUGGCUGACUAGUUUAUUGGGGACAGUUCACAGUAGGGGGGACUCACGCCAUACCCUAGGGCUGCUUACCUACUGCACAGUAAGUACCCCCUCUGCUCUGGUCUGUAUCAUUCAUGCACACACUGCAAACUACCCACUGGGCACAGACGUCAGUUCAACGUCUAGUUAUGAUUUACAUUUUGUUGAGUUGUCAACUAACGUGAAUUCAGUGUAAAAUCAACACAUUUCACCAUGUCAUUGAAUUUAAAAGUUCCACAUUGACGUGGAAACAACGUUGAUUCAACCAGAAAGGGGGAAAGAGGGAGUGAUUUGCAGUGUUUUGGGGCUUACAAAGCAGGAUUUGGGAACAAGGAAGCUGGUGAUUCACACAUCUUAAAAUGUCUUUGUGAUUUCCUGUUGGAGAGCUAGACAGAAGCAGGCCUAACUGUUGUUUCUCACCCCCAGGCCUGGGCCAUGACUACCAGUGGAUCGGUCUGAACGACAAGAUGUAUGAGAGAGACUUCCGCUGGACAGACGGCAGCAUCAUGGUAAGACAGGAGAAAAUCCCCCUGAUUAGAUACACUACAUGGUCCAAAGUAUGUGGACACACCCUUCAAAUAAUGGAUUUGGCUAUUUCAGCCACACAUGUUGCUGACAAGUGUAUAACAUCGAGCACACAGCCAUGCAAUCUCCAUAGAUAAACAUUGGCAGUAGAAUAUCCCGUACUGAAGAGUGACUUUCAGCGUGGCACCGUCAUAGGAUGCCACCUUUCCAACAAGUCAGUUCGUCAAAUUUCUGCCCUGCUAGAGCUGCCCCGGUGAACUGUAAGUGCUGUGAAGUGGAAACGUCUAGGAGCAAUAACGGCUCAGCCGCGAAGUGGUUGGCCACACAAGCUCAAAAUCGUCUGUCCUCGGUUGCAACACCCACUACCGAGUUCCAAACUGCCUCUGGAAGUAACGUCAGCACAAUAACUGCUCUUCAGGAGCUUCAUGAAAUGGGUUGCCAUGGUCGAGCAGCCACACACAAGCCUAAGAUCACCAUGCGCAAUGCUAUGCGUCGGCUGGAGAGGUGUAAAGGUCGCCGCCAUUGGACUCUGGAGCAGUGGAAACAUGUUCUCUGGAUUGAUGAAUCACGCUUCACCAUCUGGCAUUCCAAUAGACUAAUCUGGGUUUGGCGGAUGCCAGGAGAACGCUACCUGCCCCAAUGCAUAGUGCCAACUGUAAAGUUUGGUGUAGGGGGAAUAAUGGUCUGGGGCUGUUUUUCAUGGUUCGGGCUAGGCCCCUUAGUUCCAGUGAAGGGUGAUCUUAAUGCUACAGCAUACAAUGACAUUCUUCCAACUUUGUAGCAACAGUUUGUGGAAGAACUUGACUUUCCUGCACAGAGCCCUGACCUCAACCCUAUUGAACACCUUUGGGAUGAAUUGGAGCACCGACUGCCUAAUCGCCCAACAUCAGUGCGCGACGUCAUUAAUGCUCUUGUGGCUGAAUGGAAGCAAGUCCCUGCAGCAAUGUUCCAACAUCUAGUGGAAAGCCUUCCCAGAAGAGUGGAGGCUGUUGUUAUAGCAGCAAAGGGGGGACCAACUCCAUAUUAAUGCCCAUGAUUUUGGAAUGAGAUGUUCGUUUGGCCACAUAGUGUAUGAUAUGAUGUGAUAUGGGUGUUACAGAUGGUCUUAUCACACACUCUCACACACACACACACACACACAAACUGCGCAGCUCCAGAGAAUGUCCAGCUGUUUUCUCUGUAUGAAGUGUGAGCUGAGACAUGGAGUAAGGACAGUGUGUGUGUGUGUGUGUGUGUGUGUGUGUGUGUGUGUGUGUGUGUGUGUGUGUGUGUGUGUGUGUGUGUGUGUGUGUGUGUGUGUGUGUGUGUGUGUGUGUGUGUGUGUGUGUGUGUGUGUGUUGCUGUGCGCGCACAGCCACAAGAGAGAGACACAGAUGAUACUGUUGAAACAAUGUUUUUUUUAAACAGAGUUAUCGCUCAGUACUGCAAGACACACCCUUGUUCAGUUCUAAGUGUACGUGUGUGUUUGGGUGUGUGUUUGAGUUAACACGCGUUAAUGCAUAGCUGUAGCCGUUUGGACCAGGGACGCUGCAACAAAAAUAUCCUAAAGAAGAGAAGGGGGAGGCGGGGAAAGUUGGGGAGAAUUCCCCCUGUCCCCAUGCCAGAGGGUGGUGGGGGGUGGUCGGGGUUAGCUAAACAUCUGGUUCAGUUUCACAGUAGAGAUUAUGGGUCUGGCUCACUGAGAUGGAGCAAUAGCACCCCAGUAUGCCCUCUCUGUGUAUUACAGCCACAGACUAACCACCUCUGUCACGGUAGGAGUCUCCACUGGGUUCUUUCCUCUAGAGGCGGUUUAAUUAGUAAAUCUUCUGACAGGUCACAGAAUAGCAGGGUUAACAAAGGAACCUUGUGUAAUAAACCAAUAGGCUUGUUAAAAGGUAUUGUCAUCUGGUCCCUAUAGUAGCUAGAGAUGAAUGAGAUUGGUAAAGAAGUUACAAUGAGAUUCCUCCCCUGUGUUAUACGGUGACUACCUUAUAGGUGAGGUGUAUUGUGAAUGAUGAUCUUAUACAAUAAGGGCUGUGUGAGCUAUCAGAGUAACUGUGGUGAUGUUUAGCUGUUAGUGAAUGUGGGUGCAGUAAAAAGGUCUAAACUUUGGUGAUGAUGAGAGUGUGUAAUUGUUUGUUUGCAGCAAUAUGAGCACUGGCGUCCCAACCAGCCAGACAGUUUCUUCCAGUCUGGUGAGGACUGUGUGGUGAUGAUCUGGCACGAGGGAGGACAGUGGAACGAUGUACCCUGCAACUACCACCUCACCUUCACCUGCAAGAAGGGCACAGGUAACACACACACACCAGGGUUGGGGUCAAUUCCAUUUAAAUUCCAGUAAAUUCAGAAUGUAAACCAAAUUUCAAUUUUGUCAUUGAAAAUCGUUGAAGAGAAUUGGAAUUGGAAUUUCAAUGUACUUCCUGAUUUGAUUGGAAUUGAAUUGGAAUUGAUCCCAACCCUGACAUGCACUCACUCACUCACUCACUCACUCACUCACUCACUCACUCACUCACUCUCGCGCGCACACACACACACACACACACACACACACACACACACACACACACACACACACACACACACACACACACACACACACACAAACACACACACACAUUCACACUCACACACACACACACACACCUUACCCCUGUCCUCUCUCCUCCCUCCAGUCUCUUGCAGCCAGCCCCCAGUAGUGAAGGAUGCCUGUGUGUUUGGUUCUAUGAAGCCUCGUUAUGAGAUCAACACUCUGGUUCGUUACCACUGUAAAAACGGCUUCAUACAGAGACAUGUCCCCACCAUCCGCUGCCGUGACAACGGCCAAUGGGACAGCCCAAAGAUCACCUGCAUGAGCCGUGAGUACCGUCCACUUCCGCUGUCUCAAUGACUACCAGAACUGACUACACACACCAUCUAAUCAGGGCCUUGAUCCAACGACAUUAACAAUCUCUCCUUUUGUUUUUUCAGCCGCUACCUACCAGAAGUCUUUUGUUUCUAGGCAACGUACCGGAAAUCACAAUCAUAACCAGAAUCAGUACAAUCACAACACUCAAAACCAGCACCAAUACAACUAUCAAAACCACCAAUACAACUAUCAAAAACAACAAUAUAACAAUCCAAAUAAUCAAGACCAACAGAAGAACUAUAACCAGAAACGUCAGGGCAGCCGUAACCAGCAGCAACAGAGCCAGAGAGAGAGGAGACAUCAACACUAAUCUGAUCUCUGGUCAAUCCUUAAAAGCACAGAUAAUGUUGCAAAAUUCCAGUAACUUUCCCAAAAUUCCGAAUUUUUCCAGAAAUCCUGGUUCCUGCUUAUUCCCUCCCUCCUUCCAACCGGGAUUUCUGGAAUUUUGAGUAAUGUAGUAAUCCCAGACCAACUCAGAUCGAAUCCAAAGGGCUAGCUAGGGCCAGACCCAUAGACAUACAUUCAUAACUAUUUAUAAAUAUGUAUAGCUAUGGCUCUGGAUAGGGCCGUGGGGGUAUUUCACAAGGCAUAAUCAUAAUCAGCAAGCUAACUCUGAUAAAAACACUUUUCUAAUUUAUAAACAGGUUUUAUAAACAUUGUUACACAGAGUAUUGAGUCCAUUUCAAAUUCAACUAGGACAAAUUAAAGUUUCUGAAUAUUUUUUGAAGUUAGCUGGCUAACUUGAUCUUGAUCUUACUUAGUGAAAUCCACCCCAGAUCACGUCUGAUUCUUCCUACAACUGUGACACACAGUGCCUUAAUGGUUAAUACAGCAACAAUGACCAUCUCUAGAACAGGAGAGCUUGACUGUUCCUGCUCUAGAGGUACACAUCUCAAUCCAGUGCUUUCUGAAUAUUUCCACUUUACCCUGUUUCUUUUUCCUGAGAAAUAAUCCACUGAAAAGGCAUAUAAAAUAGAUAUUUGGCUCACUACUAGAAUGUCUGCCUGUGUGCUGGUGACAAGUUUGCAAUUAUUCCAGUGAAAGAGACCAUAGUUUAUUAUUUGGAAUAAUGAGCAUUCACAUAAUCACAUCAGCAAGUUAUGAAGGUUUAUAUGAAUCAUUCCAUAUUUUCUGCUCACAGAAUGUGAGAUAAAAAGUUGAUUGUUCUCAUAUAACCCCCACCCCCUUCAGAACAGCCUCAAUUCGUCGGGGUAUGGACUCUACAAGGUGUUGAAAGCGUUCCACACGGAUGCUGGCCUAUGUUGACUCCAAUGCUUCCCACAGUUGUGUCAAAUUGGCUGGAUGUCCUUUGGGUGGUGGACCAUUCUUGAUACACACGGGAAACUGUUGAGUGUGAAAAACCCAGCAGCAUUGCAGUUCUGGCACCUACUACCAUACCCCGUUCAAUGGCACUUAAAUCUUUUGUCUUGUCCAUUCAUCCUCUGAAUGGCAUACAUGCACAAUCCAUGUCUCAAUUGUCUCAAGGCUUAAAAAUCCUUCUUUAACCUCUCUCCUCCCCUUCAUCUACACUGCUUGAAGUGGAUUUAACAGGUGACAUCAAUAAGGCAUCAUAGCUUUCACCUGGAUUCACCUGGUCAGUCUAUGUCAUGGAAAGAGCAGGUGUUCUUAAUGUUGUGUGUACUCAGUGUAGAAUUGAUUCAAUAUUGUACAUACAGGCAGUAUGUCAUAUGAAUUCAUUUUAUGUGAAAAAAAAAGAAAAGAAAAAUGCCACACAUUUAUCACACUCUAUGAAGUGAAAGCAGUCACCUCCCGCAGUGGCUCUCCAGUGUAUUCAAAAACAUCAGUAAUACCUUCAUCGUAAAGACAAUGGUUUUAAAAGGGAGUGUUUUUUAAAAUGUUUAACCAUUUUUAUACAUACAAUGAUAAAGAGGAAAAUAUAGAGUAGAAUGAAUGUCAGGUAUGUGGGUGGGCAUGUGCUGUGGCUAGGGACCUGACUCAUAAGAUAGAGGAUAAAGUUAUAUAUGAAGACAUAUCUGUUUAAUUUAUUGCAUAUAUUACACCUGUUUAGUAAAGUUAUACAAUCCAGAUAUCUGAGCUGUUACCACGCUGUGCAGGGGGUUGACCUGUACCUGAGAAUCACGCCAAACUGCUCUCAAAAGAACCAACUAUGAGAAACAUGCAGGUCGUGUUCCCCUACUCAGACGUUGCAUUCAUCAACCAAUGGUUGCGUGCCAGAUCAUCAACUGUGCCGUCAGGCACCAGAUUGCUAUAACAUAUGUUGUUAGCUGAUACGUAAAAUACCUAUCCAGGCACGUCUGAGCAGAGGAACACGACCUCAAAGACACUUGAACUAUGACCUUUUAGAAAUACAAGUUAUUCCUUUUUCCGUAAGGCAUAAAAUUGGUCCAAAAAAAGAGUAGUUCAAAUACUUUUUCAGUAUAUCCUGUUGCUAUCAUCUGUAAAAUAUCUGUAUAAAUCAAUUGGUCCUGAUUAAGCAUGAACAACAGCACAAAGAGGACACGGUAUUGAACGUUUAUAGGCUAGUAUCUCUGUUCCUCAGUGAGAGGAUUCUGCUGCAUUUGUCUUCUUUGUUUACUGCUUUCAUCCAUUCUGUUUGCUCUUCAUGUAUGUGUUUUAUCAUCCAUGUGUGUUUCUACCCAGAGAGUGAUGGGGAUACUGUAUCGGAGGAGGCAGAGGGAAUGUGA